GCCAUAAAGAUAAGAUAUCCAAUCGACCGCAGGAACAUAUUCAGCUUGACUGCCCAGCGACUGACAUGCGACACGAAUGGUGAUCCUUUUUCUAGUUCUUCAUCACCAUGCUGCAAGUGCGACAAAAACCCAUUUCAUGGAAGCAACGCUGGGUCAAACAUGUCACUGUGGCUUGCUUCUUCAUGUUUAUGAUCGUGUUGUACUGUCUUUCUACACUACAGAUCUACGUCAGUCCACCAGAGCUUCCAGUUCCUCUCUCGUGUGCUGCCCCUCCAGGCCAACACAGCACUCAUUCACCCACAAAUGGCUCACAGCAAAAUAAUAAAAUAUGUGUCCCUAAAAUGGACGUCAUGUUCAUGAAGACUCAUAAAACUGCAAGCAGCACCUUCCUCAACAUUCUCUUCCGCUUUGGGGAGAAGCACAAUCUCAAAUUUGCUUUUCCCAAUGGUCGAAAUGACUUCUUCUACCCUUCAUAUUUUCAGCACACGUACGUUCAAGAUUUUAAAUCUGGAAUGUGUUUUAACAUCCUGUGUAACCACAUGCGUUUCAACGCAGCUGAAGUGGCCAAAGUGCUGCCAAGGGACACUUUAUACAUUACAAUCUUGAGAGAUCCCGCAGAGCUCUUUGAGUCCUCUUUCCAUUACUUCGGUCAUCUCAUUCCUCUGACCUGGAGUAUACCAGGAAAAGAUAAGAUGGCAGAGUUCCUGCGUGAUCCCAAUCUCUAUUUCAGCCCAAAUGGAUUCAGCUCCUUCUACCUGAAGAACCUGCUCUUCUUUGACUUUGGACAGGACAACACCCUGGAUCCAAGUGACCCCCAAGUCAACAAGAGCAUCGGGCUCAUUGCUGAGCGUUUUCAUUUGGUUAUGCUAAUGGAGCACUUUGAGGAAUCACUCAUAUUGCUCAAGGACAUCCUCUGCUGGGAGAUGGUUGACAUCCUGUUCUUUAAGCUAAACUCUCGUCAGCAAUCCACAAUGUCUAAACUGACCCCACAACUGAGGGCAAAGGCCUUGCAGUGGAAUAGCAUUGACUGGAAGCUUUACAAACACUUUAACGUGACUUUCUGGGAGAAAGUGGAGACUUAUGGAAGAGAGCGUAUGACAAAGGAUGUUGCAGAGCUCAGGAGGAGGAAUGCAGAGAUGGAGAAGAUCUGCAUCAAGGGAGGUCACCCUGUGAUGGCCAAAGACAUUCAUGAGGAAGAAAUGCAGCCAUGGCAACCCAUCGGAGAAAGGUCCAUCAUGGGAUACAAUUUAAAUAAAAAUAUAGACAAAGCCUAUCAGGUGUUGUGCCGAAAGAUGUUACUCCCAGAAAUUCAAUAUCUGACAGACUUGGGGGUUAACCUGUGGGUCACUAAGCUGUGGGAACACGUGAGGAAUAUCAUUAACUGAUGACAGGAGACACAUGAGACAAAUGGCUGAAUGAGCUGUGAAGGGCAUGGAUGAAAAAUGAAUAUGUUAAAUAACUACACAGUAUUUUUUUUUGAAUGGGGCAAAUUUGUUGCAGUCUGCCAGAGAUAUAAGCAUGUAUGACAUGAAUCUACAACUAAUAAUACAACUAUUUAUGUAUUUAAAUCGUUUAGCAUGUUAUAUGAAAUAUGUGUAGCCUUCUUUUUAGAGAGGAUUUAUCUCUGUUUAUUGUUGUUCUGUGUACUCUUCUUUGUUUUAAAAGAGCUGCACAUUCUGCCUUGUUUUGCAUGCUUAAACAAUUGAGUUUCAGUAGAUCCAUUCUAAUGUAAUGUAGAGAGCAAAAUCCAAAGAAGGUCUUCAACAGCUUUAAAAGCCAUAAAAAAAGACAUGUUUUGCAGAAGUUCCAUUCAGGUUAGACUGUAUAACCACUAUGGUGGAAUAUACUGUGGUUAUCAUUCAAUGAUCAAUUCUCCUAGAAUUCUCCAGAAUUGUUGAGGUCAUAUCCCAGCCCAUGUGACCUCAGGUGGCCUUCUCCUUACAUGACUUUGCUUUUCUUUUAUUGUGCUUUGCAAUGUCAAAGUCACUACAUGACUCAUGAGUUGGAAUGUUUUGUUUAAAAAUGCCUCUUAAAUAAAUAUUACACUAUCAAGAAGAAGAAACACCCCUCUUUAACUUCCAAUAUUCUGCAGACUAUUUGUGGAUCUUGAGCUUGACAUUUAUAAUUUUUAUUUUUAUUUUAUUCAACAUUUGUGACAAGUCGAUUAGCAGAGUGAUAAAUUGUGUCCAGUUUAUGGAGGGUUCCUUUGCAUGCAUGUCGGUAUAUUGUAUCCCCGUAAAUCAAAUAA